GUCACCUCCUACGUACAUAGGGCAAAGGUUAAAUCAGUGGUGAAGAUUCCGCCACCGUAGCAGCUCCACUCACUGUCACACUUGUUUGUUUUUAAGGAGAACUUUCUCAACAGGGUGAGCUGCUCCGACCACUAACCGACCUGGAAGAAGUGAUGGCACGCCUGGUAGCAGUAUGCAGGGAAGGGGAAGAGGACUACCCGUUUCUAGCACGACAGAUUCCUCUGUAUAUCGACGAUACACUGACGAUGGUGAUGGAGUUCUCUGACAGCGUAAUGGAUGUUGACGCCCAUGAAAUAAACACUUCACAAUGGAAACAGUUCUCUGAGUAUCACUCCAAGCUGAAGCAGCAGGACCUGAAUAUCGCCCUGAUGGUGACAUCCAGGGAGGUGUACGGUGCAUUAUCUCAGCUGGUGCCAUGUGUCGGCUGCAGACGAAGCGUGGAGCGCCUCUUCUCACAUUUGGUGGAAUCAGGGAACCCAGCCCUGGAGCCCCUCACAGUGAAACCCACGGGCAUGCUCUCUGUCACCAAGGCCUGUGUGGCAGACGUGAAGAAGCUCUACACCCUCUUCUACGUCCAUGGGUCAAAGCUUAAUGACAUGAUUGAUGCGAUUCCAAAAAGUAAAAAGAACAAGCGCUGCCAGUUACACUCCUUAGACACGCACAAACCUAAGCCUUUGGGGGGAAGCUGGAUGGAUGUGUGGGAGCUGAUGUCUCAGGAAUGCAGGGAUGAAGUGGUCCUCAUUGAUAGUGCCUGUCUCCUCGAGACACUGGAGACGUACUUACGUAAACACAGGUUUUGUACAGACUGUAAGAGCAAAGUUCUAAGGGCGUAUAAUAUCUUGAUCGGGGAGGUGGACUGCAGUAAAGAGAAGGGGUACUGUGCUGCCUUGUAUGAGGGACUAUGCUGUUGCCCCCAUGAACGCCACAUCCAUGUGUGCUGUGAAACCGACUUCAUCGCUCACCUCCUUGGCAGGGCAGAGCCGGAGUUCGCAGGCGGCUAUGAACGCAGAGAGAGACAUGCGAAGACCAUUGACAUCGCACAAGAGGAAGUCCUGACCUGUCUGGGCAUUCACCUCUAUGAGCGGCUGCACAGAAUCUGGCAGAAACUACGAGCGGAGGAGCAGACCUGGCAGAUUUUGUUCCAUUUGGGAAUUGACGCAUUACGCAAAAGCUUCGAGAUGGCGGUGGAGAAGAUGCAGGGGAUCAGUCGUCUCGAGCAGUUCGUCGAGGAGUUGUCUGAGGAGGAGAGAGCCAAAGAGCUGAAGCAGGAGAAAAAGAGGCAAAAGCGGAAAAAUCGACGCAAGAACAAAUGUGGCUUUCACAUAUCUGAACAGGACGGAGAGGACAAGGAGAAAAAUCUGGACGAGGGUUCUCUUGAGUCCGUGGAGAGAAGUUGCAAGGCUUGUGGUAGCCACGAUGAGGAGGAGGAGGAGGAGGCUGGCUGUGAAGAAGGCGUCGCCACCAGUGGCAACACGUCCUGUAGUUGUCCAGACAACACCAAACAGGGUUUGUCCUCUCACAGUAAUGUCAGCGACUUUGGCUACUCAUCAAGCAUGGAAGGCAGCGAGAUGGGAUCACGAGAAGGCUCCGACGUCGCUUGCUCUGAAGGACUAUGCAACCAUGAUGAAGCAGGAGAUGAGCCAAAUGUGCACGACUGCGCUGAAGACAAGGAGGAGGAUGGAACAGAUAGUUGCUUGGACAGCUGGCCACAGUCCGAAGACAACACUCAAUGCAAGAGUAAAAAAAAGAAAAGGAAGGGCAAGGGUUUCUGCCUCAGUCAGGGACAGAAAGCUGAAUGUUUUAUGUCAGAUGGGAGCGCCACAGGCCACAGUCCAUCAUUAACGCACCCUUGCAGAACCAAAGAAAUCUACUCCUCCUUAUGUGGAGAGAAGUUUGCCAGCAUUACACUACAGUUACCGUGGAAAGGACAUCAAAAGAACCUCAGCUGCCGUGCGAGGGCACCAGAUGCCAACAUAAGUCUCGUAGAACUUCUGGAUGAUUCAGAAGUGACUUCAGAUGAAGAGAAUGGCCUGACGGAGGAUGAAAUCCAGGCGUUUUUAGAAAGAAACCAGUCAUUCUACGACAACCGCCACCAGUAUCGACAGCUCCUGAAAGACAAGUUCACCAAUUACUGCCGUGCCACCAAGCGGAGCAAGCCAGUCUGUGGAAAGUGGUUCGCCACAAACAGUGUCAACUAAGUGCACUAAUGACAUCUGAGGAAAACACUCACGACCACUGCUGCAGCGUUGUUAGAAAAGAUGAAUUUCUGGAGUACCUUUGGUGUCUUGUUCUUGUCAUUUCUCCUUUAAAGUAAAUGUGAUUUUUCUCUUUGUCACUUCUCUCUGUCUUUUCCUCUCUGGCACUUCCAUCUCGUUUCUUGGCCACUUUCUUACCUGUAGUCGUUCUCUUUGACCAAGCCUAGCUGUUUGUUGUGGGUCUCCUGUAGAGUUUUUGGGUAAGAGCACAGUGGAAUUAAUAAUCAUGCUUUGCAAGCUGUGACAGUAGGGAUACAUUUUAGCAGUCUUAUUUUACGUUAAUUUUUUUUUUAUUAUUAUCAUUUUUGUUUUUCUAUGUUGUUUCUCUUUGGUGACACUUCAGUGUAGUAAUAAAGGUUAUACCAUUAUAUGUGUACAGAAAUUCUGAACAUAAAGAUUUUACAGAGAAUAAGCAUACAUUUGUAAUAAGGAUUUGGGUGUGAUGUUAAGAGCGCAAUGUGCAAAAUUUACUAAAUAAAGAAUAUUUAUUAAUAUGCAUUA